UGCUUAAACCCUUUGAAAACAAAAACCUCGUAAGCUUGUGUGAUAGGAAAAAGUAAAAAGCUCUACAUAGUCCCAACGGAAAUGCCUAUUACCUUCUCAUCGUCUCAUCUCUUCCCUCAGACACCAUUGUUCUCUUUGCAAGGUCAUGGAAGAAAGCAAAACUUAUCUCCUGGGUUUUGGAAAAAUCCACAUCGAAGGAAGACUCUUGUGCUCAGAGCUGGUCCGAAGAAAAUACUAUUCGGUUCUGAAUGCAGGGAAGCUUUACAAGUUGGGAUUGAUAAGCUAGCUGAUGCUGUUUCUCUUACCUUAGGACCUAAAGGGCGGAAUGUUAUUCUUUCUGAGGCUGACAAGCUGAAAGUAAUUAAUGAUGGUGUUACAAUUGCACGAUCUAUAGAGCUGCCAGAUGGAAUUGAAAAUGCAGGGGCAAUGCUAAUUCAAGAGGUUGCAAGUAAAAUGAAUGAUUUGGCUGGUGACGGUACCACCACUGCGAUUAUUAUGACACGAGAAAUGAUCAAAUGUGGAUUGUUGGCUGUUACUUUUGGUGCCAAUCCAAUUUCUUUGAAAAAAGGAAUGGAGAAGACUGUAAAGGAAUUGGUCAAAGUCAUAAAGGAGAAAAGUUUUCCUGUGAAAGGAAGGAGUGAUGUUAAAGCCGUGGCCUCAAUCUCUGCUGGAAAUGAUGAGUUCAUCGGGAACCUAAUUGCUGACGCUAUAGAAAAAAUUGGCCCUGAUGGAGUGAUCUCGAUUGAGUCAUCCUCAUCAUUUGAAACCUCUGUGCUUGUCGAGGAAGGAAUGAAGAUUGACAAGGGUUACAUGUCCUCUCACUUCAUUACCAACCAGGACAAGUCUAUUGUGGAAUUUGACAAUGCUAAAGUUCUUGUAACUGAUCAGAAGAUCUCUGCAGUUAAGGACAUUGUUCCUUUACUGGAAAAGACUACUCAAUUGAGUGUUCCCUUGCUUAUUAUUGCAGAGGAUAUCUCAUCAGCAGUGCUGGAAACUCUUGUAGUGAACAAAAUGCAAGGUCUACUGAAUGUUGCUGUUGUAAAAUGCCCUGGAUUUGGGGAUGGAAAAAAAGCUCUAUUGCAAGAUAUUGCACUUAUGACAGGUGCUGAUUUUCUCUCUGGAGAGCUCGGAUUGACCCUUGAAGGUGCAACUUCAGAUCAACUUGGUAUUGCACGGAAAGUGACCAUUACUAGUAAUUCAACAACCAUAGUUUCUGACCCUUCUACUAAAGCUGAAAUUCAAGCAAGGAUAUUGCAGAUAAAAAAGGAUCUUGCAGAAACAGAUAAUGCAUACAUGUCAAGGAAGCUUUCUGAAAGAAUUGCCAAACUUUGUGGUGGAGUAGCUGUUAUUAAGGUAGGAGCACACACUGAAAUAGAACUUGAAGAUCGAAAACUCAGAAUUGAAGAUGCCAAAAACGCCACAUUUGCUGCUAUGGGUGAAGGAGUGGUGCCUGGCGGUGGUGCCACUUAUGUACAUCUUUCAGAGCUGGUUCCUUCCAUAAAAGUUACGUUUGAUAAUUUUGAUGAGCAAAUUGGUGCUGACAUUAUUGAAAAGGCUCUUCUAGCCCCUGCAAAAUCAAUUGCGAGUAAUGCAGGAGUUGAUGGAGAAGUUGUCGUGGAGAAGAUUCGUAAUAGUGAUUGGAGAAUUGGGUUUAAUGCAAUGACUAAUAGAUAUGAAGAUCUUCCAGAUGCCGGCAUCCUAGAUCCUUGUCGGGUUUCAAGGUGUGCCCUUGAAAAUGCAGUUUCUAUUGCUGGAUUAGUUUUAACAACUGAAGCUAUAAUGGUAGAGAAAACGAAGAAGAAAGAGCCACCUGUCCCUCUUCUUCCAGGUAUAUCUACCUGACAUUUUUAUUAGAAAAAAUCCCAAGGGCCAUUUGAAAGCUAAGAAGUCAGUUUUGCAACUUGUCUGUUUGCCAUUGUUCAUCACAUGCUCAGAAGUUUCUGAGAUAUUGAAAUCACCUUAGUUUUGGACAUGAGACAGAUGAAACAGACAUUUGGAGAUGUUGAUAAGUAAGGAUUUGUUUCCACUCAGAUAUGGAAGCAUGAAUAGAUAGGUCAUUGUUGAGCCAAAGUUCUGACAACGCUAACUCAAAUCACAAAGAUUUCACCCUUGUAAAAUCAUAUGUUCACAGCAGAGCAACGAGGGACUUUUUUUUUGUUUCCCCUUCAAUCAGUCAAGGCUUAGUUCAUUCUUGAAAAAACUUGAGGGAUUUUUUCAUUUUCUGUAAUCAAAGAUUUUGUGCCAUCACUUCUCAUGUUUUCUUAGUCAAAAUUGAUAAGAAAUUUUGUACUAUGUUGUAUACAA